UUCUCUGCCUAGGCCCGCAGCCCCUGCAAGCCCCUUCAGGCGUGUAUGGGGAGCAGGCCCCAACUCUGGGAGCGUUCAACGGUAGGACUGGCCGCGGAACCGCCAGGAGGCGGAACUGGAGGCGCGCGGCGCUGCUGUCCUGCGAACCUUCGGGAGAGAAGCACCCACCGGCCCGGAAGGAGCUAACGCAGACUAGGGCCGCGGCAGCCAUCGCGCUUUGCUGUUCGGUGUCGGAGUGAGUAGGGUCGACGCCAAGCAAGCGUGUUCUCUCCAAUCGCAGACCCUAUAAGAUUUGGCUAUGUCCUUCAUAUUUGACUGGAUUUACAGUGGUUUCAGCAGUGUGCUACAGUUUUUAGGAUUAUAUAAGAAAACUGGUAAAUUGGUAUUUCUUGGAUUGGAUAAUGCAGGAAAAACAACAUUGCUACACAUGCUAAAAGAUGAUAGACUUGGACAACAUGUCCCAACGUUACAUCCCACGUCAGAAGAACUAACCAUUGCUGGCAUGACAUUUACAACUUUUGAUCUGGGUGGACAUGUUCAAGCUCGAAGAGUGUGGAAAAACUACCUUCCUGCUAUCAAUGGCAUUGUAUUUCUGGUGGAUUGUGCAGACCAUGAAAGGCUGUUAGAAUCAAAAGAAGAACUUGAUUCACUAAUGACAGAUGAAACUGUUGCUAAUGUGCCUAUACUGAUUCUUGGAAAUAAGAUUGACAGACCUGAAGCCAUCAGUGAAGAGAGGUUGCGAGAGAUGUUUGGUUUAUAUGGUCAGACAACAGGAAAGGGCAGUGUAUCUCUGAAAGAACUGAAUGCCCGGCCCUUAGAAGUUUUUAUGUGUAGUGUGCUCAAAAGACAAGGCUAUGGAGAAGGCUUCCGCUGGAUGGCUCAGUACAUUGAUUAACACCAGCCCGCAUCGGUUCAAGGUCUCACCAUUCAGGCCUACUCAGAGAUUUGAUCACUCAACAUGCAUAACUUGAAUUCAAUAGACUUUUGUUGGUUAGAAAACAGAUGUUUUUUAGAUUAUUAAUAUUUUAUCAACCUAAUUUGAGUGAGAAUUGAAGACUGAUUCAAGUAAGCUGAAUAUCACAAUGUAGCUUUCUAAUUCCAUAUAAAUAAUUAGAUUUUACAGUUUAUAAUCUGACAUUACCCCCAGCACCAUUUUUAAAGAGCAACUUUCCAGACUACCUUUGAAGCACUUUUUAACAAUAUGAAACUACAAAUGUAAACCAUAUUUAAAAGUUCAUCAUGUUAAACUUUUUAUGUACUUUUUUGUAACUAGUUUUUAAAUUUUAGAUUAUGUGUCCACCUGUCUUAAGUGAACAGUUAAUAAUUAGCUUAUUGAUGAUUGCAUGAUGCCUUACAGUUUUCAUUAUUUUUUCUUAUGCAAACGUCAUGCAAUAAAACAAACCCUAAUGUUUGGCAUCCUUAUUGGGCAAAUGUUUCAUUUUAAUGUGUCUUAUCUGGCUAGUAUGCUCUGAAAUUUUGUAUGUUUACUAUUAGGUAUAUGAGGGGGUUACUGGGAAAGGAGACUGCUUCAGAAUAUUUAGAAUAAUGCUUAAGUUCCUAGAGGCUUUUGCAUUUUCCAGGAGACAAGUUGUGUUUGGUUGUACCUUAUACCGCAUUUAUCUCUGAAUCAUGUGUAUUUUUAUCUGUAACACUACCAUUACCAAUGCUGAUGGGGUCCAUGUCCUAGUCCCUGUGGGAUCGGCCUUCUGCAGAAAAGCACAUCUUCUGGUACAACCCAAGGUUAAUUUUUGGUUUGAUAGGCCCAUUCCAGUUGUCUGAUUCUGAAGUGCUCUGUCUUACUGGUUUGGUAUUCUGUGCCUCUUCACCAAAAGUAGUGACAGGCACCAGUCUCCCCACAUUUAGAGGUACUCUCCAGUCUCUUUAUACUUAAUGGUACUCUCCAGGGCAAAUGACAAGUAGAGUCUUAUGCACAGUUUCAUCAUGGAGGCGUGCAUCUGAGAAAAAAGAGCCUAUUCUCCUUCAUUUGUCACUGAGAUAUUUGGGGAUUUUGCUCCUGUCCUACAGCUCUUUUGCAUUUUUGGCAUAUUUUAUUUCUUGGUGGAAAGAAAAUGAAUCUAUGUAUUUAAUUUUCCUUUUUUUAAUUCUCAGCUAGCUCUCACUUUAUAGCACAAAAGGCUUUUGUUUUUUGAUACAAUUCUUGCCAUGCGAUAGUAUCUGCAAGCCUCAUUGAUAGGCUUUCUAAUAAGAUUUUAGUUAGCUUUUUAAAGCAUUAUAAUUUCCUAAGAAAUUGAGUUCUUUUUUUCCAUAUGUCGGAGAUUCCCAUAAUUAGCUGAAAGACAAGUGCCAAAUAUUUAUUUUUAAAGGCUGUCAAGCUUAAGGUUUCCUCUCUUCGUCAUAAACCAAGGUUUUAUAAUAUAUUUAACCAAUUCCAUUGAGACUAGAUUGCUCUAAUUCCAUCAAGAGUAAUUUUAAUAUCAGAAUUAGUGUUUUCUCUAGCUAUUGUCCAAAUCAGAGUUACUGUAGUCCUUUCUGUCAUCAAUAAUGUAAUAUAUGAAGCAAAUAAGGAUUGAAGGAUAUGCCUGGAAGGAAUUACCAGUUAGCUAAACCAACAAGGUCAUUUCACCAUGACAUUAGGUUUUAGGAAUUCACCUAUUCUAUUUCACUUUCAGCUUCCUUCUAAACGAAAAUAAAAAGCUUUCUCCCUGCCUAGAAACAUCAGUAGCACCAUGGGAAAAGUAGCAAAUGACGUUUUAGCCUUUUGGUUUAUUCUGCCAGAUAUGUUUAUAAAGUUCUCAUUUUUAACGUCUUGACUAGACAGAACUUAAGCCUUAUUAAAAGAAAUUGCCUCUUGUUGAUGGUAUCUUUUCAAUAUUUACAGGGACAUGCCUUUCUUCAAGUAUUUCCUAGUAUCUAUUGUGAUAAUUGAGAAGUUAAUUAUCUGUGUUAUAAAUUGGUAUAAAGGAAAAAGCUUACUGGUUUCUCUAGAGGGGAUUUGCUUUCUGGUACAAAAUAUAUUGUUCCAGAACUCUCAUUCUAGGUCUGUCACUGGGAUCAAAGGAACAAAGUCACUUUGUGGACCACACUAAACUGUGGAUAUUUUCCCAAUGAUGUAAGAGUCUUAUGGCCUGAACCUCUGGAAAUGAAGCUGCACUUUCCUGCCAGCUCCAGGGAGAUGGGCCUCAGAGUUCCCCAGCCAUUGGGCUUACCAUCUAGUUCUGAGAGCUCCUCAGAGCAUAUACACUGAGUCACUGCUUCCUUCAGGAGAAGCAAGUUAAGAGAAUGCCAAGAAGCAGUAAAAGCACAUGGGGAAAACAUAUACUCUGUAUAUGCCUGUGCAAGUGUGUACAUUUGCGGAGUAGUUUUUGGGUAAAUGAUAGUAUUGGGGACAUAGGUUAAUUUUGUUCCUCCCACUGUAAAGUGUGAAAAUGUAAUUAACACUAUUGUAUACAAGUUAAGAUUGGAUUCCAUAUAAAUCAGGAAGUGUUCAAAAGAUGUUUUAAAAUCUUAAGUCCAAAACUAAAAAUAGAAGGUCUCAGCUGGCUUUUGUAUUUUUAAAGAGCUUCUCAACCUCACACCUGUUUCAAUGACUGCUGUUAAUUAUACUUUUGUGUAAGUGUUUAAAUUGAUGGAUUCCAGUUUAUCUUGGUGAAUUUUUAGAUUGAAGAUUAUAGCAUUUUUAAAAAUUGGAGCACAGAUAUUUCCUAAAGCAUAUGAAAAAAUAUUCUUCACCAUUGGCUUACCUGACCCAGUAUCUUUGAGUACCAAAGAAGUAUAAAUUCAGAUAUUGCCUGCAUAGAUCUAAAUUUUAGUUUUGUGUGCCUGUGUACAUAUACAAAUUUACUGUGGUUUACAACGUAUACACAGAACAUUUCUUUUCUUUAGUUUUCAACUGGCUCACACUUCUGUGUAGUGCUUUCCAGCACAUAAGCUACUUGUAAAUCAUUAAAAUAGAGUAAUAUUUGCUAAUAGUGUUUCUUUUUUUUUUUUUUUUUUUUUUUUCU